UGCACUAGUCUACUUUAUCAGUUGCACAUGAUUCGUCCAUGUGAGCUGGUAGAUAAUCACUGAGUCACGAAUCAGAUUUUAUUAGCUAAAAAAAUCUUAGCGUUCAUUAUAAAUAUAACAAGAGGUUUAGUUAAAAUUCAGUUCUUUUGUAGAUGCUGUCAAGUAAGAAGAUGGAAGAAGGCAAGAAGAAGCUUCAUGUGCUUAUGUUUCCAUGGCUAGCACAGGGCCACAUCGUGCCUUUCAUCGAGCUUUCCAAAAGGCUUGCUAAACAUGGACUCAAAGUAACUUUCCUCUCUACCCCGCGUAAUAUCGCAAAAAUCAAGCCAUUGUUAUUAGGGGAGAGUGGGAAGAUCGAUCUGGUGGAGCUGCCGUUGCCGCGGGUGGAGGGUCUGCUAGCAGGAGCAGAGAGCACCGCCGACAUCCCCAACGAAAUGGAAGCCCUAUUAAAGACGGCACUAGACGGCCUGGAGCAGCCAUUUGAGGAGCUCUUAGGGCGGCUCUCACCUGAUUAUGUUGUCUACGACUUUUCACAGUACUGGGCUUCAACUGUUGCUGCCAAGUUGGGUAUUCCCGCAGUUUUCUUCCUCAUUUUCACCGCUGCGGUAUCUAGUUACAUGUGGGUUCCCGAAAGAUACAAGGAAGAGGAAACCACCGCCGAGGAGUUGAUCGUGCCGCCAACAGGUUUCCCUUCUACACAAAUUGCUUGGCGGCCUUUUGAAGCGCGGUAUGUUGCGCUUGCUUUUACCCGCUUCAGUGGAGGGGUCUCAGCAAUGGACCGCUUCUUUAAAUCAAUACAAGGAUGUUCCUUUAUGCUCAUCAGAUCAUGCUACGAAAUGGAGGAAACGUUUAUACGGUAUUUUGAGAGAGCCACCGGGAAGACGGUAGUUCCAGUCGGUCCUCUGCCACCGGAUCUUCCCCAGAAGAGGCUUUCAGAGCAGGAAUCCUUGUGUAUAAGAUGGUUGGAUAAGCACCCGGAUUCGUCUGUUGUGUAUGUAUCGUUUGGAAGCGAAUGUUUUCUGUCGAAAGAGCAGAUCGGUGCGCUGGCACUUGGCUUGGAGGCGACGGGCCUGCCGUUUCUGUGGGUGUUGCGCUUCCCUCGCUUUUCCGAGGAGGAAUGCAGCCCUUCGGUCUUGUUACCUGAGGGCUUUGAGUCUCGAACUCAAGACCGAGGGCUUGUUUACAGCGAGUGGGCUCCGCAGCUGCAGAUUCUUGCGCAUCCAUCGGUGGGUGUGUUCCUGAGCCACUCGGGGUGGAGCUCUGUAGUGGAGGCUGUGAAGUUUGGAGUAAAACUUGUACUUCUUCCCAUGAAUGUUGAUCAGGGUCUUAACGCCAGGCUCGUUGGAGGGGAACUGAAGGUGGGGUUGGAAGUCGAAAGAGAAGAGGAUGGCAGUUUCACGGAAGAACAUAUUCGAACGGCCGUGCAUAAGGUCGUGAAGGAAGAGUGCGAGGAGGGAACAACUGUGAAGUCGAGAAUCUGUGAAAUGAGAGAGAGCAUGUUUGGCAACAGCGAAUGGGAAGAAAAAUACAUCAACCGGUUCAUCAAACGCCUGGAGUUCUCUACCUCAACAAAUUAGCCCGUUUUAUAAAAGUCCUCUCUUUGUUCUUAUUGUUGUUUUCACAGUAAUAAAGAUUGAGCAGGCAAUUUCGUUGCAGUAAGAUUUUGAUAGAGAAUUUUACUGUUAGUAAGAAAUGGUACAAAAUCGUAUUAUUCAGAGAUGAAUCGGUCAAAUAAUUUGUAUUCUUAAGUUUAUUAGAAAUAGUGUCAUAAAUUAAAUUUUGAAUU